GCCAUUUGCCUCUGCAGUUCGGUUCCAGACUCCCGACUGGUCGAACAGUGUGCCAGCGCCUCUUCUCAGACAUUUGGUCGGCUCUCCUUUCCGAGCAGGGGAAGCGGGUAGGAAUCACCUCCGAGCCUGUGUACGGGCCUCGACUCCCCAUAACGGGUGUGUCGCCAGGUCGUCCUCCAGGCCGCGGCCUCCCCGGGGCUUGUGCACCCGCCGUUCAUCCCCGUAGUCGCCAAGGGCUGCCCCCUGGGUGUUGUUCGCCCUUUCCGCUGAGGACACUGCGGCUCGGAGAGCGACGAUCAGUAGAGGUCGCCCGGGUGCUCGACCUUCAGGGUCUCAUGAUGGCGAUGUCGCCGACCCACCACCAGACACAGGUGUCUGUGACCUUUGAGGAUGUGGCGGUGACUUUCACCCAGGAGGAGUGGGGGCACCUGGACCCGGCCCAGAAGAUCCUGUACCAGGAGGUGAUGCUGGAAAACUGUGGACUUCUCGUGUCUCUGGGGUGUCCUAUUCCCAGACCUGAGCUGAUCUACCACCUGGAGCAGGAGCUAUGGACAGUGAAGAAAGACCUCUCGCAAAGCACCUGUCCAGGUGACAAAGAGAAAUUGAAGACCACAGAACUUACCAGUUGUGAGCCAGUCCUGUCUGAGGGAGCCUUACUUCAGGAACAAGUAACACAAAAAGUUCCAGGGGAGUCCCAGGUGGACCAAACCAAGGAUCGGAAUGGGCCAUCGGAAUUGAAGAGAGGACACUUGACAUCAGGAAUAGACCUCCAGAAGGAGAAACUCCCUGGGAACCCUGAACAUGGCUGCUUAAGGACAGCUUAUGGUGUGUGUUCAAGGAUUGUACAGGAGCCAGUCUCUCCAGGACGUGCUGUUCUUGACCAUGACUCACAUAAAUCAGGUAAAGAUCCCAUGGUUCAGGAAGAGGAAAAUAUCUUUAAAUGCAAUGAAUGUGGGAAAGUUUUUAAUAAGAAACACCUUCUUGCUGGACAUGAAAAGAUUCACUCAGGAGUGAAGCCCUAUGAAUGCACAGAGUGUGGGAAAACGUUUAUUAAGAGCACACACCUCCUUCAACACCACAUGAUCCACACGGGAGAGAGGCCUUAUGAGUGCAUGGAGUGUGGGAAGGCCUUCAACCGCAAGUCAUACCUUACACAACACCAGCGGAUUCACAGUGGCGAGAAGCCCUAUAAGUGCAAUGAAUGUGGAAAGGCCUUCACCCACCGCUCCAAUUUUGUCCUGCAUAAGAGGAGACACACUGGAGAAAAACCCUUUGUGUGCAAAGAAUGUGGGCAAGUUUUUCGACAUAGGCCAGGAUUUCUUCGACAUCACAUCAUCCACAGUGGUGAGAAUCCCUAUGAAUGCUUCGAAUGUGGCAAGGUCUUCAAACAUAAAUCAUACCUCAUGUGGCACCAGCAGACUCACACGGGGGAGAAGCCCUAUGAGUGUAGUGAGUGUGGGAAAGCCUUCUGUGAGAGUGCAGCCCUCAUUCACCACUACGUCAUCCACACGGGGGAGAAGCCUUUUGAGUGCCUUGAGUGUGGGAAGGCCUUCAACCACAGGUCGUACCUCAAGAGACACCAGCGGAUACACACGGGAGAAAAGCCUUUUGUAUGCACUGAGUGUGGAAGGGCCUUCACCCACUGUUCCACUUUUAUCUUACAUAAAAGGGCCCACACUGGAGAAAAACCGUUUGAGUGCAAAGAAUGUGGGAAAGCCUUCAGCACUAGGAAAGAUCUCAUUCGACAUUUCAGCAUUCACACGGGGGAGAAGCCCUAUGAGUGCAGUGAGUGUGGGAAGGCCUUCAACCGCAGGUCAGGCCUCACAAGGCACCAGCGGAUUCACAGUGGAGAGAAGCCCUAUGAAUGCAUGGAGUGUGGGAAAUCCUUUUGUUGGAGCACAAACCUCAUUCGACACGCCAUCAUCCACACUGGAGAGAAGCCCUAUAAGUGCAAUGAGUGUGGAAAGGCCUUUAGUCGCAGCUCAUCCCUGAGUCAGCAUCAAAGGAUGCAUUCUGGGAGAAACCCUGUCAGUGUAACAGAAGUGGGAAGACCCUUCACAAGUGGGCAGACUGCAGUCACUCUCCGAGAACUCCUUUUGGGGAAAGACUUUUUGAAUGUAACCACGGAGGAAAAUGUUUUGCCAGAGAAAACAUCUACCACAGCAUCUGAUUGUACAUACCAAAGAGAAACUCCACAAGUAUCUUCAUUGUGAGAAAGCCUUUUGUUGCGGAUCAUUACUUGUCAUGUGAAGGUACAUUUCAGAAAUUGACCCAGCCUAGAGCCUUAGUCUGCAUCUGAGAAUUCAACCAUGAGGGAGACACUAGUCUUACUGUGCACCAAGGAGAACCUUCACAUACAUAUUUCUACUUAGUUUACACUGCAGUGUUAUCUCAGGAAAUUUUUUUAAUCAAGGAGACUUAGAAGAGAAAAUGCAAUGAGAUUUCUUUGUCAAGACUAUGGCACUUUGUCACGGAUUACUUACUUGGGGCAAGGGGAAUGUUGUCUCAGGGGUAAAGGGCCUUGACCCUUUAUGUGUCUUGUAUACAUUCAUUGUUGUCCAGCGUCACGAGAUUUAGAUGGUUGAGGGCAGAUAUUUAAGGAGCUAAGGAUACACAUAUGAAUGGGCAUAUUCUAUUGUAUGAGUUAGGACUAUUAAGGCUUUGGUUAUUAAAAAACAUUCUUUAUGGGAUUUUAAAACCUAAUACAUCUUAAUCCCAAUGUAUUGUUUUCUGUAGCUGUAAUGUAAAUCUUUGAAGUGUGUAAAGUGAUUCAUUUCUCUUUAUUAUUUAAAAUUGACUUAGCUUUCUUAAUUCCUUUGACUUUUCAUAUGAAUCUUAGCAUAAGUUUGUCUAGUCUUACAAAAAUAAAUCUUGCUCUCAUUUUGAUAGAAAUUGAUUUAAAUCUGUACAUCAAUUUGAUAAUUGGCGUGAUGAACACAAACAUGAUAUAAUUGCAUUUACUUAAGUAAUUCUUCACUUAUUUCAUUAGAAUUUUAAAAGUUUCAAUAUACUGGUUCUGAUAAAUUUUGUUAGGAUUUGUACCUAGGUUUUUGUUUUCUUUCCUUUUUUUUUUUUUUUUUUUGAGUGAUAGUAAAUGGAAUAGUUUUUUAAACUUUAGUUUUCCACAUGAUCUUUGCUGUUACACAGAAAUGUAAUUGUUCUGGUAUCCACAACCUGAACUCAGUUAUUAUUGGCCAUUUGUUUGGAUAGAAUCCUUGGGAUUUUCUACCCAGAAAAGACAGCUGCAAAUAGAGUUUUAUUUCUUGCUUCCCAAUUUCUAUACCUCUUAUUUCCUUUUCUUGUCUUACUACACUAGCUAGGAUUUCCAGUAGGAUGUUGAAUAGGAGUAAUAAGGAAUGAUAUCCUUGAUUGGUUUCUGAUAUUGGGGGAAACACUCAGUUUUUCAUCAUUAAGUACGAUGAUAGUUAUAAGUUGUUUUCAUAGAGUUUUCUUAUCAAAUUUAGAAAGUUUCCUUCUAUUCCUAAUCUGAGAUUUUUUCUUUUGUUAUGAGUAUUGGAUUUUGUUAAAUACUUUAUCUCCAUUAAUUGACAUCAUCUGAUUUUUCCCUGUAUGGCCUGUUGAUAUGAUGGCAUUGCAUUAAUUGUGUUGUGAAUAUUGAACUAGCCUUGCAUUCUUGGAAUAAACCCCAUUUAGUUGUGGAGUAUGAUUCUUUUUACAUACUAUAUUAAAGCAUUCCAUUUG